CGUGGACAACAGCGAGUACAUGCGGAACGGGGACUUCCUGCCCACCCGCCUGCAGGCGCAGCAGGACGCCGUCAACAUCGUCUGCCACUCCAAGACCCGCUCCAACCCCGAGAACAACGUGGGGCUCAUCACGCUGGCCAACAACUGUGAGGUGCUGACCACCCUGACGCCGGACACCGGCCGCAUCCUGUCCAAGCUGCAUUCGGUGCAGCCCAGAGGGAGGAUCACCUUCUGCACCGGCAUCCGAGUGGCUCAUCUGGCUCUGAAGCAUCGCCAGGGGAAGAAUCACAAAAUGCGCAUCAUUGCCUUCGUUGGGAGCCCGGUGGAAGACAAUGAGAAAGACCUGGUGAAACUAGCCAAGCGACUGAAGAAGGAGAAAGUGAAUGUGGACAUCAUCAACUUCGGAGAAGAGGAGGCCAACACGGACAAGCUGACCGCUUUCAUCAACACCCUGAACGGCAAAGACGGCACCGGUUCCCACCUGGUGACGGUGCCUCCGGGGCCCAGCUUGGCCGACGCCCUCAUCAGCUCCCCCAUCUUGGCCGGAGAAGGGGGAGCCAUGCUGGGCCUGGGGGCGAGCGACUUCGAGUUCGGCGUGGAUCCCAGCGCCGACCCAGAGCUGGCAUUGGCCCUCCGAGUGUCAAUGGAAGAACAGCGCCAACGGCAGGAGGAAGAGGCUCGCAGGGCGGCGGCUGCCUCUGCUGCUGAGGCUGGCAUCCCUGCCACGGGAGGGGAUGAUUCAGACGAUGCCCUGUUGAAGAUGACCAUUGGGCAGCAGGAUUUUGGCCGAGCCGGCCUGCCUGACCUCAGCACCAUGACCGAAGAGGAGCAGAUAGCCUACGCUAUGCAGAUGUCUCUUCAGGGAGCUGAAUUUGGGCAAGGGGAGUCGGUGGAGGGGGAGAGCUCGGCUGAUAUGGACACGUCAGAACCCGCCAAGGAAGAAGAUGACUACGAUGUCAUGCAGGAUCCCGAAUUCCUGCAGAGCGUUUUGGAGAACCUGCCGGGGGUGGACCCCAACAACGAGGCCAUCCGCAACGCUAUGGGGUCCCUGGCCUCCCAGGCCUCCAAGGAAAGCAAGGAGAAAAAGGAGGAAGAGAAGAAAUGAGCUGGGGGGGGGCUGGGGAGCAGCCGAAUCCCUCCUCAUCCUUCUGUCCACACGCACCUCCCAGGUUGU